AGGACGGAUAUAUGACGCAAGAUCAAUUUUUUACUCAAAUGGGCCAAUGUCUCAAAGAAGUUGAGUUAUAUAUUGAGAGAAUUUAUAAUUAUUCCCACAAUAAAAAAGUAGGGAUGACUCAAGAGCAAUUAAUCUUUGCUUUUAAAGUAUGUUCUAUUACAAUAGAUUAUGUUGAAGCUACUCAAUUAAUGAGUGAAUUUACAAGAAGAAACGCACAAAAUAUUAGCUUCCAAGAAUUCAGAUCAAUAUUUACACAUAAACUACAUAAUUUAGUCUAGUGACUAGACUUUAGGAAUUUACAUUAGAAUCCCAAACAGGAUUCCCUACAUAGUCUUCUUUUUGUGUACUCUAAAUUCCUGUGGUAUUCUAACUUUGAAGCAUUCACUCAUUUUACCUUAUCUCCAAUCAAAUUAUAAUUUGUCUCUUAAUAUAGAAAAUGUUACAAUAUAAUAAAUUUAAAAUAA